AUGCUGCGUCGCGCUGGCUCUCGCGUUGCGUGUGCUUGCUCGGUUCCACAAGCGCGCUCUCUCCAUUUUCCUAUAACGCCGCCGCCAAUUGAAAUUGAGUACCUGGACAACGACCCGCUGGAGUUUGCCGUCCGCACGGAGGCCCGAAAGUGGCGCUUUGAUGAUAUGGGUUACAUGCGGGAGUUAGCGUUCGUGCGGAUCAACAACAAUCCGACUGUGGGUGACUUUCGAAAUAUGUCACCAGAUGAGCGGCGCAACCUGUUCUGGGGCAGUGAUCGGCAGGAUUUCUUCCGGCACCUAACGUGUACACUAACUGGUUCGCCCGAGCACCUCUACCAUCGCGGCUGGUAG